AUGUCUUCAUCCUUCACACAGCUGUGUCUACAAUACAGAAGUCUUCUCUUCUCCAAGACAGUGUCUAGUACUUGGCGGUAUUCCACUCAGUUUCGCCAUUGCGCUACACUUACAAGGUUACCCACGAAAAUCCUAAAUGGAUCCUCGGUUAUCAGGGGGAAUCGCACCACAACGCAGGCAAGACAGCGGUGGAAACAACCGAUGUUCUGUUACAGAGACUUAACUGCCAGACAUUUGGCAACUGAGGCUAAGGAACACAAAGAUACUGAAGAAUUGUCAAAAUCUGAUGUUGUAGUGUACAAGACCCCCGUGUUGCCAAUCAGAGAUGCUGAGAUGCCAGUAACCGAAAGCCAGAUGUCAUUAGAUCUGGAUGCUGCUGCUGAACGUUCACCAUUAGAGUUGAUCAGUGAUGAAGAGGCUCUCAGUAUAUCUAUUCCUUCUACCAUACCUCCAGCCUCCUCCUCUCUUAGAGACUAUGUUGACCAGUCUGAGACUCUCAGCAAACUGGUACAGCUAGGUGUAAAGCUGUGGAGACUUGAACAAAGGCCCAACGUGGGCUCCAUGCUGCUGAGGCUCAACUUCAACACAGAUGUAGCCCCAAAGCUGCUGUUUCUCAAAGAGAUUGGGGUGGAAGACUCUAGCUUCGGCCAUAUCAUCACACGAAACCCCUUCAUUCUCACACAGAAUUUAGAAAACCUACAGUCCAGGGUGAACUAUCUCAAGUCAAAGAAGUUCAGUUCUGGGGAUGUUGCAUCGAUGGUAUCCAGAGCUCCGUAUCUGCUCAACUUCAGUGUGAAGAGGCUGGACAACAGACUGGGGUUCUACCAGCAGCAACUCAAACUCAGUGCUUCCAAUACACAGAACAUUGUAGCUCGUCUACCCAGAUUACUGUGUGGAAGUUUGGAGCCUGUUAAAGAAAAUUUGAAGGUGUUUGAAAUAGAGCUUGGCUUCAAGGAAAAUGAGAUCCAACACAUAGUUGUUGCCGUCCCAAAAGUGUUGACUGCCAAUAAAAGGAAGCUAACCCAAAUGUUUGACUUCCUCCACAACACCAUGAAGGUGCCCCACCACCUGAUCACCAAGUUCCCACAGGUCCUCAAUAGCAAGUGCCUGCGUGUCAGAGAGCGCCACCUGUUCCUCGACUACCUUGGAAAGGCUCAGUAUGACCCAGCCUUGCCCAACUACAUCUCCCUGGACCGCUUUGUGUCUUUGCCCGAUGAGACUUUUUGCACUGAGUUGGCUUUGGCCACAUUGGAAGAUUUUUAUUUGUUCCAAAAGACCCUUUGAGUGGUCAAACACAGAAUAAAUACCAUAAUGUCAGAUAUAUGCAGACAUGGAAGUCUUGAAACAAACAUCAGUUAUUAUGGUAUGAAGUUUGCUUUGUAAAUGUGAUGUUUAAUAAAUGUUCACAAUGUAUAUCACCUCCUCUGUCUGAUAUAAUACUUAUUACGACUAUCUAAAUGUGAUAAAAGUUAUGUUAAAUCCAGUCCCUGUUAAAUAUUUGCCUCAGUUGAGGGGCUGUGAAUAAAAUGU